CGCCCGGCCGCCAAGAUGUGCGACUGCUUCCACAUGGUGCUGCCCACCUGGCCCGGAGCCCCCGGCAGCGUGUCCGGUCGGCAGCUGCAGCCGGAGCCGCCAGAGGCAGAAACCGAGGAGGACCACUCUGUGACGGAAGGGCCGGAGGUCAUUCGGCCCCGGCCACAGGGCUCCUCGCCCGUCUACGAAUGUGUGACUGAGGGUGCCGGCUCCAGACUCCAGGAAGACGCGCCGAGGAGGCCAGGCUCCUCAGGGAGACGGAGGUCCUGGUGGAAGCGGGACUCAGGGGACUCGCGGACGCUCCCCAGGAUGAGCCACCUGGAGGAGGCGACAGAGGUGACGCUAGAGACAGAGGUGGAGGCCGGAGCCAGUGGCUACAGUGUCACAGGUGGCGGGGACCAGGGCAUCUUUGUCACGCAGGUGCUGAAGGACUCAUCAGCCGCCAAGCUCUUCAGCCUGAGAGAAGGGGAUCAGCUUCUCAGCGCAACCAUAUUCUUCGACGGCAUUACCUAUGAAGACGCUCUCAAAAUCCUCCAGUACUCAGAGCCCUACAAGGUCCAGUUCAAAAUCAGACGGAAACUUCCUGCCAGAGAGGACAAGGAGGGGGUUUCCGGCAGCGCUCAGCAUGGUCUGAAGGGCAGUGAGGAGCAGGAGCAGGAUGUCACAGAUGGAGGCUCAGAGACCCCGACCAGGACGCUGGUGGGGGACGGAGACCAGGAGAGACUCAUCUCCAGGCCCAGGGAGGGCAGGCGGCCUCAGAGGCACAGGCUCUCCUGGCCCAAAUUCCAGGCUAUACAGAGCAGGCGGGCGCCCGGGCCCCGGAGAUCCCGCAGCUCCUCCGAGGCCGAUGAGAGGAGGGCUGCACCUGAAGUGUCACCCGGGAGCACAGACACAGAGGCCCAGCACCUGGCGGAGGAGCGCGAGCAAAAGGCAGGGCCAGGCAGCCAGCAGGGUGGAAGGUUCCGGAACUUCACAUUCAGGGUGAGCUCAGGCAAGAGGCGCUCCCCGGCAGGGAGACCAGGCAGGGGGACAAACGAGGGGACAGUCCAGGCAGGGGUUCUGGAGGAGGCAGAGCUGCCCCCAGAGCCCGGCCAGCACAGCCUACCUGGAGAGGGAACUCUGGGGCAGGAGGCUGCCUUGGCACCCCGACAGACCAAGACAGACAAGGAGCUUGAAGAGACAGCUGGGCAGGCAAAAGAGGGGGUGGGCUUAGCCCCAGGAGAGGGCCGGGAGGGGCUGCAGGGCCUGGAGGGUGGGAUCGCCAGGCUGGCUCUGCAUGACACCGCAGACCUGGGAGCCCGCCGGAGCCAGCCCACAGAACUCCGCGUCCAAACACCCACUCUCACGACACCCAAGUUUGGAAUUGCCAAAGAGAAAGCGCAGGAGACAGAAGAGGGAACAAGAGCGCUUCCGACUGGACCUGGGUGGGCGAGAGGCCCUGAGGACAUGGAAGCUAGGCGGGAAGAUGUGCGGAAAGUUGACGCUCAGGAGACCCACCGGCAGGUGGGCCAGCUGCCCCUGGAGGCCGGAGGAGGCAAAGAGGAAGACAGGCUGCAACAGAGGCGGGGAGAGGGCCGGGGCGAGGCCAAGGAUGAGGAGGGGACGGAGGGAAAGACGAAACUGCUGAAGUUCAAACUGCCAGCGUUCGGGUGGUCUCCAGGCAAAGACCACAAAACAGGAGAGAAACCACAAAGAGAAGGAGAAAAGAAGAAAGAAACAGAGAGACAAGAGAGUCUAAAGAUGGACAUGAAAACGGGAGACGAAGAAGACAAAGCAAAAACGGACAAGAGGGAAGACACACAAGGGAGAAAAACAACACGAGAGAAACAAGAAGCUGAGGAGAUAAAGCUUGAGCUGAGCCUAGGGGACAAGGAGGUGGCCGCCAGGGACAGCAAGUUCAAAAUGCCCAAGUUCAAGAUGCCUUCCUUCGGCGUGUCGGCGCCAGGCAAGUCCGUCGAGGCCGCCGUGGAGGUGUCCCUGCCCAAGGCAGAGGCGGACGCGUCCGCGCCGUCGGGGCAGGCCGCCGUCAAGGCCGGUGACCUCAGCGCUGAGCUGCCCUCGGCCGAGCUGGACGUCAAGGGCCCCGAGCUGGGCGGGAAGCUCCCGGAGGGCCAGCUGCCCGACGCGGAGCUCAAGGAGCCGGCGGCCGGAAUCGCACUCAAGGGCCACCUGCCCAAGGUGCAGAUGCCCAGCAUCAAGGUGCCCAGGGUGGACCUCCGGGCCCCGCAGGUGGACGUCAAGGGGCCGAAGCUGGACCUGAAGGGCGCCAAGGGCGAGGUGAGCGCCCCCGACGUGGCGGUGUCCCCGCCCAGCGUGGAGCUGGAGGCCCAGGCCCAGGCCCAGGCGCCGGGCGGCAAGCUGGAGGCCGACGUGUCCCUGGGGGACAAGGAGGUGGCCGCCAGGGACAGCAAGUUCAAAAUGCCCAAGUUCAAGAUGCCUUCCUUCGGCGUGUCGGCGCCAGGCAAGUCCGUCGAGGCCGCCGUGGAGGUGUCCCUGCCCAAGGCAGAGGCGGACGCGUCCGCGCCGUCGGGGCAGGCCGCCGUCAAGGCCGGUGACCUCAGCGCUGAGCUGCCCUCGGCCGAGCUGGACGUCAAGGGCCCCGAGCUGGGCGGGAAGCUCCCGGAGGGCCAGCUGCCCGACGCGGAGCUCAAGGAGCCGGCGGCCGGAAUCGCACUCAAGGGCCACCUGCCCAAGGUGCAGAUGCCCAGCAUCAAGGUGCCCAGGGUGGACCUCCGGGCCCCGCAGGUGGACGUCAAGGGGCCGAAGCUGGACCUGAAGGGCGCCAAGGGCGAGGUGAGCGCCCCCGACGUGGCGGUGUCCCCGCCCAGCGUGGAGCUGGAGGCCCAGGCCCAGGCCCAGGCGCCGGGCGGCAAGCUGGAGGCCGACGUGUCCCUGGGGGACAAGGAGGUGGCCGCCAGGGACAGCAAGUUCAAAAUGCCCAAGUUCAAGAUGCCUUCCUUCGGCGUGUCGGCGCCAGGCAAGUCCGUCGAGGCCGCGGUGGAGGUGUCCCUGCCCAAGGCAGAGGCGGACGCGUCCGCGCCGUCGGGGCAGGCCGCCGUCAAGGCCGGUGACCUCAGCGCUGAGCUGCCCUCGGCCGAGCUGGACGUCAAGGGCCCCGAGCUGGGCGGGAAGCUCCCGGAGGGCCAGCUGCCCGACGCGGAGCUCAAGGAGCCGGCGGCCGGAAUCGCACUCAAGGGCCACCUGCCCAAGGUGCAGAUGCCCAGCAUCAAGGUGCCCAGGGUGGACCUCCGGGCCCCGCAGGUGGACGUCAAGGGGCCGAAGCUGGACCUGAAGGGCGCCAAGGGCGAGGUGAGCGCCCCCGACGUGGCGGUGUCCCCGCCCAGCGUGGAGCUGGAGGCCCAGGCCCAGGCCCAGGCCCAGGCGCCGGGCGGCAAGCUGGAGGCCGACGUGUCCCUGGGGGACAAGGAGGUGGCCGCCAGGGACAGCAAGUUCAAAAUGCCCAAGUUCAAGAUGCCUUCCUUCGGCGUGUCGGCGCCAGGCAAGUCCGUCGAGGCCGCCGUGGAGGUGUCCCUGCCCAAGGCAGAGGCGGACGCGUCCGCGCCGUCGGGGCAGGCCGCCGUCAAGGCCGGUGACCUCAGCGCUGAGCUGCCCUCGGCCGAGCUGGACGUCAAGGGCCCCGAGCUGGGCGGGAAGCUCCCGGAGGGCCAGCUGCCCGACGCGGAGCUCAAGGAGCCGGCGGCCGGAAUCGCACUCAAGGGCCACCUGCCCAAGGUGCAGAUGCCCAGCAUCAAGGUGCCCAGGGUGGACCUCCGGGCCCCGCAGGUGGACAUCAAGGGGCCGAAGCUGGACCUGAAGGGCGCCAAGGGCGAGGUGAGCGCCCCCGACGUGGCGGUGUCCCCGCCCAGCGUGGAGCUGGAGGCCCAGGCCCAGGCCCAGGCGCCGGGCGGCAAGCUGGAGGCCGACGUGUCCCUGGGGGACAAGGAGGUGGCCGCCAGGGACAGCAAGUUCAAAAUGCCCAAGUUCAAGAUGCCUUCCUUCGGCGUGUCGGCGCCAGGCAAGUCCGUCGAGGCCGCGGUGGAGGUGUCCCUGCCCAAGGCAGAGGCGGACGCGUCCGCGCCGUCGGGGCAGGCCGCCGUCAAGGCCGGUGACCUCAGCGCUGAGCUGCCCUCGGCCGAGCUGGACGUCAAGGGCCCCGAGCUGGGCGGGAAGCUCCCGGAGGGCCAGCUGCCCGACGCGGAGCUCAAGGAGCCGGCGGCCGGAAUCGCACUCAAGGGCCACCUGCCCAAGGUGCAGAUGCCCAGCAUCAAGGUGCCCAGGGUGGACCUCCGGGCCCCGCAGGUGGACGUCAAGGGGCCGAAGCUGGACCUGAAGGGCGCCAAGGGCGAGGUGAGCGCCCCCGACGUGGCGGUGUCCCCGCCCAGCGUGGAGCUGGAGGCCCAGGCCCAGGCCCAGGCGCCGGGCGGCAAGCUGGAGGCCGACGUGUCCCUGGGGGACAAGGAGGUGGCCGCCAGGGACAGCAAGUUCAAAAUGCCCAAGUUCAAGAUGCCUUCCUUCGGCGUGUCGGCGCCAGGCAAGUCCGUCGAGGCCGCGGUGGAGGUGUCCCUGCCCAAGGCAGAGGCGGACGCGUCCGCGCCGUCGGGGCAGGCCGCCGUCAAGGCCGGUGACCUCAGCGCUGAGCUGCCCUCGGCCGAGCUGGACGUCAAGGGCCCCGAGCUGGGCGGGAAGCUCCCGGAGGGCCAGCUGCCCGACGCGGAGCUCAAGGAGCCGGCGGCCGGAAUCGCACUCAAGGGCCACCUGCCCAAGGUGCAGAUGCCCAGCAUCAAGGUGCCCAGGGUGGACCUCCGGGCCCCGCAGGUGGACGUCAAGGGGCCGAAGCUGGACCUGAAGGGCGCCAAGGGCGAGGUGAGCGCCCCCGACGUGGCGGUGUCCCCGCCCAGCGUGGAGCUGGAGGCCCAGGCCCAGGCCCAGGCGCCGGGCGGCAAGCUGGAGGCCGACGUGUCCCUGGGGGACAAGGAGGUGGCCGCCAGGGACAGCAAGUUCAAAAUGCCCAAGUUCAAGAUGCCUUCCUUCGGCGUGUCGGCGCCAGGCAAGUCCGUCGAGGCCGCCGUGGAGGUGUCCCUGCCCAAGGCAGAGGCGGACGCGUCCGCGCCGUCGGGGCAGGCCGCCGUCAAGGCCGGUGACCUCAGCGCUGAGCUGCCCUCGGCCGAGCUGGACGUCAAGGGCCCCGAGCUGGGCGGGAAGCUCCCGGAGGGCCAGCUGCCCGACGCGGAGCUCAAGGAGCCGGCGGCCGGAAUCGCACUCAAGGGCCACCUGCCCAAGGUGCAGAUGCCCAGCAUCAAGGUGCCCAGGGUGGACCUCCGGGCCCCGCAGGUGGACAUCAAGGGGCCGAAGCUGGACCUGAAGGGCGCCAAGGGCGAGGUGAGCGCCCCCGACGUGGCGGUGUCCCCGCCCAGCGUGGAGCUGGAGGCCCAGGCCCAGGCCCAGGCGCCGGGCGGCAAGCUGGAGGCCGACGUGUCCCUGGGGGACAAGGAGGUGGCCGCCAGGGACAGCAAGUUCAAAAUGCCCAAGUUCAAGAUGCCUUCCUUCGGCGUGUCGGCGCCAGGCAAGUCCGUCGAGGCCGCGGUGGAGGUGUCCCUGCCCAAGGCAGAGGCGGACGCGUCCGCGCCGUCGGGGCAGGCCGCCGUCAAGGCCGGUGACCUCAGCGCUGAGCUGCCCUCGGCCGAGCUGGACGUCAAGGGCCCCGAGCUGGGCGGGAAGCUCCCGGAGGGCCAGCUGCCCGACGCGGAGCUCAAGGAGCCGGCGGCCGGAAUCGCACUCAAGGGCCACCUGCCCAAGGUGCAGAUGCCCAGCAUCAAGGUGCCCAGGGUGGACCUCCGGGCCCCGCAGGUGGACGUCAAGGGGCCGAAGCUGGACCUGAAGGGCGCCAAGGGCGAGGUGAGCGCCCCCGACGUGGCGGUGUCCCCGCCCAGCGUGGAGCUGGAGGCCCAGGCCCAGGCCCAGGCCCAGGCGCCGGGCGGCAAGCUGGAGGCCGACGUGUCCCUGGGGGACAAGGAGGUGGCCGCCAGGGACAGCAAGUUCAAAAUGCCCAAGUUCAAGAUGCCUUCCUUCGGCGUGUCGGCGCCAGGCAAGUCCGUCGAGGCCGCGGUGGAGGUGUCCCUGCCCAAGGCAGAGGCGGACGCGUCCGCGCCGUCGGGGCAGGCCGCCGUCAAGGCCGGUGACCUCAGCGCUGAGCUGCCCUCGGCCGAGCUGGACGUCAAGGGCCCCGAGCUGGGCGGGAAGCUCCCGGAGGGCCAGCUGCCCGACGCGGAGCUCAAGGAGCCGGCGGCCGGAAUCGCACUCAAGGGCCACCUGCCCAAGGUGCAGAUGCCCAGCAUCAAGGUGCCCAGGGUGGACCUCCGGGCCCCGCAGGUGGACGUCAAGGGGCCGAAGCUGGACCUGAAGGGCGCCAAGGGCGAGGUGAGCGCCCCCGACGUGGCGGUGUCCCCGCCCAGCGUGGAGCUGGAGGCCCAGGCCCAGGCCCAGGCGCCGGGCGGCAAGCUGGAGGCCGACGUGUCCCUGGGGGACAAGGAGGUGGCCGCCAGGGACAGCAAGUUCAAAAUGCCCAAGUUCAAGAUGCCUUCCUUCGGCGUGUCGGCGCCAGGCAAGUCCGUCGAGGCCGCCGUGGAGGUGUCCCUGCCCAAGGCAGAGGCGGACGCGUCCGCGCCGUCGGGGCAGGCCGCCGUCAAGGCCGGUGACCUCAGCGCUGAGCUGCCCUCGGCCGAGCUGGACGUCAAGGGCCCCGAGCUGGGCGGGAAGCUCCCGGAGGGCCAGCUGCCCGACGCGGAGCUCAAGGAGCCGGCGGCCGGAAUCGCACUCAAGGGCCACCUGCCCAAGGUGCAGAUGCCCAGCAUCAAGGUGCCCAGGGUGGACCUCCGGGCCCCGCAGGUGGACGUCAAGGGGCCGAAGCUGGACCUGAAGGGCGCCAAGGGCGAGGUGAGCGCCCCCGACGUGGCGGUGUCCCCGCCCAGCGUGGAGCUGGAGGCCCAGGCCCAGGCCCAGGCGCCGGGCGGCAAGCUGGAGGCCGACGUGUCCCUGGGGGACAAGGAGGUGGCCGCCAGGGACAGCAAGUUCAAAAUGCCCAAGUUCAAGAUGCCUUCCUUCGGCGUGUCGGCGCCAGGCAAGUCCGUCGAGGCCGCCGUGGAGGUGUCCCUGCCCAAGGCAGAGGCGGACGCGUCCGCGCCGUCGGGGCAGGCCGCCGUCAAGGCCGGUGACCUCAGCGCUGAGCUGCCCUCGGCCGAGCUGGACGUCAAGGGCCCCGAGCUGGGCGGGAAGCUCCCGGAGGGCCAGCUGCCCGACGCGGAGCUCAAGGAGCCGGCGGCCGGAAUCGCACUCAAGGGCCACCUGCCCAAGGUGCAGAUGCCCAGCAUCAAGGUGCCCAGGGUGGACCUCCGGGCCCCGCAGGUGGACGUCAAGGGGCCGAAGCUGGACCUGAAGGGCGCCAAGGGCGAGGUGAGCGCCCCCGACGUGGCGGUGUCCCCGCCCAGCGUGGAGCUGGAGGCCCAGGCCCAGGCCCAGGCGCCGGGCGGCAAGCUGGAGGCCGACGUGUCCCUGGGGGACAAGGAGGUGGCCGCCAGGGACAGCAAGUUCAAAAUGCCCAAGUUCAAGAUGCCUUCCUUCGGCGUGUCGGCGCCAGGCAAGUCCGUCGAGGCCGCCGUGGAGGUGUCCCUGCCCAAGGCAGAGGCGGACGCGUCCGCGCCGUCGGGGCAGGCCGCCGUCAAGGCCGGUGACCUCAGCGCUGAGCUGCCCUCGGCCGAGCUGGACGUCAAGGGCCCCGAGCUGGGCGGGAAGCUCCCGGAGGGCCAGCUGCCCGACGCGGAGCUCAAGGAGCCGGCGGCCGGAAUCGCACUCAAGGGCCACCUGCCCAAGGUGCAGAUGCCCAGCAUCAAGGUGCCCAGGGUGGACCUCCGGGCCCCGCAGGUGGACGUCAAGGGGCCGAAGCUGGACCUGAAGGGCGCCAAGGGCGAGGUGAGCGCCCCCGACGUGGCGGUGUCCCCGCCCAGCGUGGAGCUGGAGGCCCAGGCCCAGGCCCAGGCGCCGGGCGGCAAGCUGGAGGCCGACGUGUCCCUGGGGGACAAGGAGGUGGCCGCCAGGGACAGCAAGUUCGUUGUUCCUAAUUUUAACGUGUCUCUCUUUGCAUCUUCUUCCACGAAGAGUUCCGUUUCAUCUUCUCCGUUUACUCUCGAUGGUCAGCAUGGUGAGUCUGUUUCCUCUUCCAGCCCGUCGGAUUCUCUCGCCAGUAGCUUUGAUGUUCAUAUUUCUAAAGACCCCGAGGCUGAUGGCCCCCCUCUUGGACCAGAAAGUGACCUAAUCCCCUUGAAGAAGUCACCUUUUGAGAUUCCCCAAGUGUUUCCCUCCCCCGAGUCGUCCUCUGCAGAGUCCUCCGCGCCUGAUGGCUCUGCCGUGGGUCCUGUGCUCCCGAGAGGUGGUGCCCCGUUCUCUGAACUCAGUGCCGAGGGCUCCUUCAAGGGGGCUGUUCCCACAAGGGGGUCCCCCCUGAAGGUGCCGUGGCUGGGCUGGCCUGGGUUUUCGUCUGGCAGGCUUGACCUCAGUGGCACCCAUGCGGAAGCCCCCUCCUCUCCUGGCGUCACUCUUACAAAAUACCGGGAGACCCUCCCCAGUGUGGCCGUCCUCCCGGAGCUCCCUCUGGAAUCCAGCUCUGGGUCCCAAGAUGCUCGCCUUCCUGCGGCAGGAGGUCCUGCCAGCCUCCCUCCCCUCGAGGGCGGCGCUCCUUCCCCUGCCCAAAGUCCCGCUGGCCCAGUGGAUCCCCUGUUUCCUGCAUCUUAUGGUCGGGUGACUUUUCCUAUAUUUCAUCGUCCGAAGUUUGCCUUUUCCAUCCCCAAGGCAGCCGAGGCUGAGCUGGAUCCCUGCACCGUGGCGCGUGACCUCGCCCAGUCUGCUCCGAGCCCUGGGUGGGGUCUAGACUCUGCAGCUGAGGAAGCCCCCGGGCUCCUGUCGCCAGGCUCUCAGCCAUCACGCCUAAGCGUCUCCGUGCCGCGCAGUGGGGGGGCAUCCGAAGCAGCUUCAGGGGAGGCGCCAGCUGAAGACGCAGGGCGGGAAGGGAGAGGCGGCCCUUUGAAAACGCAGCGGAUCCAGCUUCCCUCAUUCAGGCGGUCCCCCGAGAAGGGGGCGGGGCGGGCUGCUGUACCUGCUGUGACUGUGGGUGCGGGUCCAACGGGCGCGCUGCCCGGGGUGUGUGUUUCCCCAGUGGAGGUGCUUCCUGAGAAGGAGGGGGAGGAGGGGGCCGCCCCGUCUGGCUGCACAGGGCUGCAACCCACCCCUCCCUCACUGCAGGCUUCAGAGGGGGCUGCCGGCCUGCUGCGGGGAGACCCAGCCGUUUCUCUCUCUUCCGCCCCCAGGGGUGAGGCUGGUGUGGGGGGCCCCCGCACAAUGGCGGCCCCUCCAGAAGGAGCAGGAGUGGACCCCCACCUGCCGCAGGUCCAGGCUCCCCGUCUGGGCUCUGCCGAUCUCGCCCUCAGACUUGGCAAGGCCAAGGCAGAGGUGAGCUUGUCUGCAGGCGGCCCGCCUCAAGAACGCCGCCUGUCCGCGGGAGAUGGCAGCCAAGUCCACCGGCCUGGGGACGUUGCCGCGAGCCGCCUCCAGCCGUCCUGCGGGUCAGCACAUGCGGAAGCCCCCGUGGUGGAGAGUCCGGAGGCGGCCACAACAGCAGGCUCACAGGGGGGCUGGUUUAGAAUGCCUGCCCUCCGCCUGCCCAGUGUCCGGCGCUCCGCCAAGGAGAAGGGGGGUGCCGGGGCGUCUGCUGCCAGCACAGCCAGGGGAGGAGAAGUCCCAGCCGCAGUGAAGGGUCAGGGGGUCCAAGUUCCUGGGUCAGACGUGGAGGCAGCUGUGUCCCUGCAGCCCCCGGAGACGGGUGCCGACGAGGCAGCUGCCGAGAGCACGUUGUAUGCAGACGUUCUAAGGAGGAACCUUGAUGGUCAAGGCUUGGAGCUGCACCUGCCUCCUGCCGGGGUGUCCCCUGCUGACCUUUCCACUGCUCAGGUCAGCGUCCGACCAGGCGAUGGCUCCCUCCCUCUUCAGAUGCCUGGCGGGAGACUUUCAGAAGCCCGAGCUCCUACAGGAGAAAUGGAUGCGACUCCCCCUGCUGGGCCAGCCGGACUGGACCUUGCUGGGGGGGCAGAGAGAGCAGAGGAGCGGCCCUCCCUGCCCGAAGGUCCCGUUAGACUGAAGGCAUCCAGGACAGACCGGCCGUCCCAGGUUUCCGUGGUUGACAUGGGGCAGCCCUGGGAGGGCUCCGUGCUGACGGUCAAACUGCCCAGGUUAAGUGUGCCGAGGUUUGCCUUCCCGGACGCCAGCUCUGAGGCCGACGUCUUUAUCCCCGCCGUGACCGAAGUGAGCAGCCUGGACGACGCCCUGGGCACCGAAAGCGCAGGAGUCUGGGGUGCCAGCAUCCUGAAGGCGGGCGCUGGGGCUGCUGGGGGGCAGCCUGUGGCCCUUGACCUCUCCCCGGAAGCUUCCCGCAUUUCCAAGGUCAGAGUGCACAUCCAGGGUGCUCAGGGAGAGGGCCCAGAGGUCGCCGUACACCGCAGGGUGACAGCAGAGUUGGUGGACCUCUCGGGACCUGCGGCCAUUUCCACCCAGGUCGUGCGGGAGUCAGAGAUCCCUGCGUCCGAGGUCCAAAGGGCUUCUUACGGCUUUUCCCUGCUGAAGGGGAGGGUCCCAGAGCCCCCCACGCAGGUGAGGGGGCAGGACUCUUGGCCGCCGGAGGGCUCACCAGAGGCUCCCAAGCGAGCGGCCCCGGGGGCAGACCGCCUUUCUGGAGACCCGCAGCCGGACACUGGAGAGGCCUUUGAAGUGGUCUUGCCUGGCGCCAGCGUGUCAGGCCGGCCAGCAAUCACACCCGACGUGCACACGGAGCCCCAGGGUGCAGACAGCGGCUCGGACGAGGAGCCUGCCGAAAUUCUUGAAUUUCCCCCGGAAGAAGACAGUGAGGAGGCAGCCGCCUGCCUGGCAGAGGAAGGCAGGGCUGCGCAAGAGAAGCCAGAAGGAAAAAGAUCUUCUGGCCUGUUCAGGUUUUGGCUUCCAAACAUCGGCUUUUCUUCCUCCGUGGAGGAGACACGUGCUGAUCCCAACGUUGACAGGUCGGCCCCCGUCCAGACACAGCCUGGGCCCCGGCCCGAGGCGGAACCACCCAAGAAACAGGAGAAGGGAGGCUGGUUUCGAUUUCCCAAAUUAGGGUUCUCCUCCACGCCGACCAAGAAAAGCAAAAGCUCCGAGGACACAGUGACUCCAGCAGAGCAGAAGUCCCAGGAGGAAGCCGUCACCUUUUUCGAUGCCCGGGAGAGCUUUUCCCCGGAGGACAAGGAGGAAGGAGAGGUGGCAGAGGCCAUGGGCACUGGGCAGGGCACCGGAGCCAUGGUCACAUCCGCGGCAAGAACGGAGUUGAUCCUGCUGGAGCAGGACCCAGACGCCGGGGACGAACCUGCGCCCGGACCGGCCUCCCAGGGAGGGCAGACGUAGAGCCAAGGCUGGCCGGCGGGCCGGGCUGAGGCGGCGAGUGCCCCCCCCCUCCCGGCACCAAGAAUAAGCAGAAACUCCUGAGGAGCGCGGGGCCGCCGUCACACAGCCCUCCAAAAUGUGGACAGGACACGUGGCUUCUCACCCCCCCAUGCAGGGUCGCGUGCUCCAGACCCCUGCCAGGCCCUUGAGAGGCGACCGUGAUGGCCAUGGGCGUGGAAGCAGUUUGGGGAUGAUUCCCACCCUGCACCUCCCCGUGGAGGUCCCUCCCUGGGUCAGGCAGGGCCCAGCACCAUCCCCCCACACACACACCUGCUCACUCACGGGCGCCCCCCUGUGGAAUGUCUCACCGGGGCACUUUGGGGGCGCUCUGUGCCCGAAGGUUCUGACUCCGCACAAGACGCCUUCUGUGCCCCCCUGCCUGCUCGUGCCCGCUCGUGCCCGCUCGCGCCCUCUCCAGCACACACAGCCCCACGCGUGUCCCUCAGUGUACACGCUGCUGCGAGACGGCAGGGGGCUCCCCUUGGCUGUGCCCCGGACAGGCAAUAAAGGACGUGCUGCUCCCCCA